GGUCCCCAAUACCGUGCGUCGCUCCUUGCUGAAAUCAACCGGUUACUUGAUGUCCGACAUGUUUUCAUUUCUGCCUAUCACAGCCAAGCUAACUCCAAUGUAGAACGGAUGUGUGGAGUAGUGAAAACCAUGCUAGCCACGGCGCUAGAUCGAACGCAGCGAGAAUGGCACGUAUUCCUGGGUGCAUCCCAGUACGCGGUGAACUCCACGUUCCAAACCAGCAACCGCUGGAGCCCAGCAUUCCUGAUGUACGGCAGACAGUUUAGGUUGCCGAUAGAACAAGCGCUGGCAUCAAAACCACCCGACUAUUCCGCAGAACUUUCUGACCUGGUGACCCAGUUAAAGGAGCGGCAGUACGACGCUAUCAGCAAAACGAUCGAGAACCAGAAGACCGCGAGACGAUACCAACGAGACUACUACAACCGACGAGCACGAGACAAGAAGUACGAGCUCGGAGAUCUGGUCUACCUAUAUCGUCCUGCCGUCAAACCAGGAGAUGCUUCAAAACUGACAAAGAAAUGGGAACCUGGAUACGUGGUAGUGGGACUUCACGACAAUGGUCUCACGUACGAGGUAAGGAAACCAGGCUCGAAGCAUCCCCCAGAGAAAGUGCAUUGUGACCGUCUCAAACCCCAGCAUGUCUCAUCUGUGUAUCGGGACGCCUUGAGGAAAGUCCAUACAUUCAGGAGGGAUCAGGCUCCCUCAGUCGAUAGUAGCGAUGUUAGUGAGUCAGGACCGGACGACGAACAGGACACAGACUUGGUUGGACUAGCUCUGCCCAGACCAGAAAGGACCAGACCUCUGACAAGGUCAGACAGGACAGGGUCAGACAGCGGGGUGACUAAUGUAUUGGAGACCUUAGGAACCAAUAGACUGAGCUCAGAUAGUUCCGAGACAUUAGAGACAGCUGAUUCGGAAACCCCUGAUGAUGACGGCUACUAUAUGACGAUUCCCUCACCGCCUGUCGCCCCUCGAAGGUCGAGCAGAAGGCGUCAAGCACCUCAACGUUUUUCCCCUUAACCCAUGCUGACCAGUGACCCUACUCAUCCACUAGCGAUUGAUCCUACCCGUUUUGUUUUAGGCGGCUGGUGUAUUUGGUCUGGCUACUGCUGUUGUCCCGAGACGUCGGAGGGGACCAAAACCAGGCGAAGAUACAACUUCAUCACGGGGUGUACUUCCAGCCCCUGGGUGAAGUCAUAAUCACGGGUUCUGACUGGACAAUCUGCACCACCAUCAGCUUGGUGACGUAUGAGCAAGCCCAUACCUCCCUCCUGGAACAGAUAUCUCGGGUAGAGCAGCAUCUACAAGCCGUGAGGGGCCAGGUCGAGUCCGACAAAGUUCCAGUGAUAGACGCAUUGACGGCCACGUGGAAGAAAUUCUCCACCGCCUUCAAAGAGGACCUUAGCGCCUACCAACAAACUCUCAAUUCUGUUAAACGAACUAUCCGGGAGAAUGACGCCCGGCAACGUCGCGGCUUAGUUAACAUCGUAAGUGACGUUGGAAAAUAUUUGUUUGGAUUUAGUACCGAGAGAGACAUUGAAAGUCAGUCGGCACAAAUCGCUUCACUGGCCAACCAAACUGAAAAUAUAUCUCACCGUGUUGACCAACAGUUCAGUUAUGUUAAAACUGUAGCUUCACAAACUCUCCACAACGGAGAAGAAGUCAUUCGAAUCAAAGCUUCAAUUAACGGGGUGACAGCCGCUCUAAGCCAAAUUCAGACCGUGGACAGUCGGCUCAGUAUAGGAGUGGCACAUGCUACCGCAGGAUUAGAGCUUGUGAUAGCGGCUGACUUAAUUCGCGAGGGUCUGGCCCAGUCCCAAAAGGGUCUUUAUACCAUACAGCGCAUUGUUGCCCAAGCAGGUGAAGGAGCUCUAGCCUGGGAACUACUGGAGGAUAAGGUCUUCAGAGAUAUCCUGUUAAACUUAGGACAACAUCUUCCAGUCGGAUGGAAACUUUUGUAUGAAACAGACGACCAUUAUUCCUACCUUCGUUACAUAACCACGGAAACCCACCAAACGGAGGGCGGGGUCAAUUUUUGCAUGGCGAUCCCAAUCAUCAAGGAGUCUGGUAGGUAUCAGCUCUACGAAGCCAUCGCAAUGCCUGUGGUUCACCCGAAGUUCCCGGAGAAGCUCUUCUUUUCCUACCGAUUUGACUCCCCUUAUUUGGCCAUUCAGAAAUCAGGAUCCGAUUUUUUCACGACACAGCCCGGCAGUCCAGGCAACUUCUUCACCAUGACAAAUCGUCGCGAGGCACAGUGUAAAGGGAAAAGCCCUAGGGUUUGUGCGCUCAAGGAAGCAGUACAGUCGCCUCGAUCUCAAGAAAGCCGUUGUUUGUAUGAUCUGUUUUCAGACCAGCCGACCGGAACCAGCUGCCCGACACAGGUGCAAUACCACGAUGGGCCGAUGUUUCGCCACGUUGGUAUGGGAGUGUGGUUAUAUGGAGCAGCAAAAGGAACGCUACUGGUCCGCUGCUCUAACCAGAGCAGGACGAGUGCUCCUCCUCACCACCCCGCCGGGCAAUAUGAGCUGACCGGUACCGGUAUGUUCCGCUUACAGCCGGGAUGCGAAGCAUCCCUCGGGUCAAUUAGGGUUCCCAGUUACGUCAACGGUAAGGGGCAAUUUAGGAUCAGUCUGCCAGAUGCACCGAUAGUGGAUCUUUUCUCGCUUAACUUUUCCAUGAGUCUCUGGAGUAAUAUCACAUCAAUGUUGACGCCUCCCGUAAACAUCUCGUCCUUCUUGAACCAUCUCACUGAAACCACAGAUAUCGGUAAAGAUGCGAUGAGGCUCAGAACCUUUAACAAAACCAUUCAGCAGUAUGAGGCACUCCAAAAUCAAUUGUCUCCUUAUCAUCCCUACAGAUGGAUAUCAAACCCGCAGAGCCAGAUCACCGGAUUCACCGGGUUACUUACGUUGAACUUGGUGACCGUUAUGCUGUUGUCCGUAGCGAUGUGGAAGCUACAUCGCCGUGUGAAGGACCUGAUGGGCUCACCGACCGAGGCUCCAGAAAGUCACCGCCUAGUGAGGUCUCGACGUCGGCGACGCCGAACCAUGGACGUUACCGUGUAAGAACUCCUUGAUACGACGACGGGAAGUGCUCACUUGCUAAAGGUCUAGCAGACGGUCGGCUAUAUUCUGAGUCGAGGUGAGUACAACGAUCAACCUUGAGCUCGUUGGUGCUCUAAAACUGCAGAGGGUUGGAGUAUCAGCCUUGAGAAGCCUUGAGACGAGAUCCAUGAGGAUCCAUAACGUCAUCACCAAUGAUGAACGUUAGAGUGUGCAGACCAGAUCGCUUCGGUUCAGAACCGUCUCGACUCUUGAGCCCACGACAUAGCCAUGAGGUUUACAUCAACCGGCCCCUCUCGAUGCCCUCAGGUAUUCGCAUUGGCACCGGUGGCUGUCCUGGCAGCUCAACAGCGGUAUCAAGGAUACCCAAUAGGGUCCACACCGAGUCCAGAUCUCUCGGCCGACAGGUUGGCUUCAUCCCCAGCAGUCACUUCGUAGCCCUUUUGCUCUCGGUUUGAUUCCGAGUACCACUCGACGACGGGAGACAGCGCCUCUGUGACAACCGAGGCAACCGAUCACACCCCCUCGACGCAUUCGCCCCCGAAGUAAGUGGCAAUCUUGAGAGCGGUCGGUAGGCACAGCGUGGUCGGUCGGCACAGCGUGGUCGCGCAGCUGAAAAUUUGCUUCACGUCUGACUCCAACGGGUAUCCCAAAAACUUAUCCUCCCUUGACGGUCCUAAAAUCAGCAGAGUGGUCAACAGAAGGUGAAUAUGGUUCCCAGAUGAUUCAGAUUAGCAUCUUUUGUGACAGAGGAUCUAUCCACUAUCGGCAACUAAAUGACUACAAGAUCUUAAGAUUGGCUUUAUUAUAUAAGGUAUAUCAAUCGCGUCGCGUACAAACCGUGAUUAGGAGUAACCCAAAGAUGGAAAGAAUGUAAGGGCAAGGAACAAACACUGGAUAGGACUUUGGCGAAUAGAGCUCUCUUCCGGAUAUCUCCAGGCAUCCUUCGUAGCUAUCCUUACUUCCCAUCCGCGCACGACAUGACUGGACAGACUGGACAACUUGAGACCCGUAGCGGCGCAACGACGAUUUUUGACCCCAAAGGAGGAAGUCCGUGCAUCUUUAUAAAAUAGGGAGGGAUGUGAAAAAAUAGCGCUUCGGUCUAGUUAAACUGUAUGCACUGCUGCCUUGUAAUGUGUGUGUGUGUGUGUGUGUCGACCUCACUUGCCACAUACAACAUUGUGCCACACCGCAGCAGAGAAGCCGACCCUGACCAAAAAACAACGAGAGAAGAACACAAUGACAAUGUGCAACCUGUUUGUGGUGGUGGAUAUUGUGGUGAUGGGUAUGCGUAAAGGAGAUUAGAAGUAGACAAUAGCACCAUAAAAUAGCGCGGUAGUGUGGUGGCGGAUAUGCAGAUUAGAAGCAGACAAACCCUGAUAAAAAACAACGUUGGGACAGACGGGAGAAGGGUAGACCGAGGUCAGACCGAGAUAAACGAGGAAGGCGUGGGUUGACAACAAGCGAUAAUGUAUGCGAGAACGGCUGCUGGAGGCGUAUAAAAGGGCUAACCUCCAAGCCAGCGUCACUCUCGCUCCAGUCCGGCCUACUGUGCAGUGCUCCGACUCGACUGAACGCUCCACCAGCAACCCAACAAUGUAAGUCUUAAGUCACCUCACCUUUGGUCGGCACGGCCGACCAAAGCUGAGGUCAUACCUCAUCCCCACUAACGUUCUCUAUUUACAGAUACUGAUUCCGGCGACAACAGGCCCAGGCUAUUCACCAAGCUACCCUAGUAUUCUUUACAGGUUUUACAGUUUCCCCUAGCACUUUCCACAGGCCCAUAGUACGUACGAGGUGAACCGGGCCGAUAAACUACACGGCGUUAUCGUGUCCGUUUAACUUCUCCCUUUUUCAGAGCGCAAGACUACGGCCUACGGAUGGAGCCACCAACAAACACUCCCCCGAUGCCAAGGCUCAGCUUUACCCACCCCAAACAACCGAAGAGCUCGGUACAUAAUCGAGCGACCAAUAAGCGCUCUACACUUUGGUGAUUUUGCCAUUUUGGUUUGGCACUGUUUCGACAUUCUGUUUCGAUUACUUUUGGCACUGUUUUGGCAACUUGUUCGGCACUGUUUCGGCCCAUUCCGUUCCGAAUACUUGUUCGGCACUGUCUUGACACUGUUUCGGUCAUUCUGUUUUCGGUAACCUUGUGCUUCGGCAUAUUGUUCGGUUAUGUGUUUUUUAGCACCCUAUUUCGGCCACUUUUAUUUACUACCACGGUAACAUAUACCGGGUAUUCUCAGCCUGAGUCCGCCUUUUUCGGCAACGUUUACUUUUUAGCUUCUAAGGACUCCAGGCAAUUGUUCAAUUAUUGACGUUUACCCUUUUCGGCCUGUUCGAAUAUAUUUUAGCCCACUG